AUGCCCCAAAUGGGUUGCAAGAUCAAUGCCUCGAGCUCACCGGUUCUGUGCAAACUCCCAACAAUGAGAGCAAGAGUCGCUCCAAAAUCCAUCUCCUUCAUUUCUUCUUCCUACGCUAAAGAUGAUGGAGAACUCGCUUCAACAGCCACAACCAGUCAAGUCCAACUCUCAAGGCCUAAUGCUUACAAGGUAGACUUCAAGACCCUUGGGGCUUGCAAGCUCGGCAUCGCCAGAUAUCCCGAUUUCGAGUACAAUCCUCAGGGAGGUAACGGAAGUGGGCACGGUUCAGUGGCUUCGAACGGCGAUCCGACUGGAGAAAUAUCGGUGUCUUUUGACGUCGACACGCUUUAUGUCCCGCCAUUGACGAGCGCGACUACUAAAAUCUUGGGAUUGCCGCUGCCGCCUUUCCUGAAGAUAGACAUAGUUCCGCAGCUGUUUGAAGGCAGGAUUUGCCAAGAAUCUGGCAAGGUCGAUCUUCAAUUCAAGGCUAAGUUUUGCUUCUCAGUCGGGAGCCUUUACAGAGCUCCGCCGCUGAUCGUGGAGACCGUGCUGACGUCGGAGGAAUCGAAGGGGACCAUGAGAUGCGGCCGAGGAGAGAGACUGGAUGAGGAAGGGAAUUGCAGAUUGGUGGGAGUGGCAAGUGUUGAUCCCAUUGAUGACUUCUUGAUGAACACGUUCCUAGGGCUUCCUACCGAGUGCCUUGCCAGCCUCAAUGCUGUCAUAUCCCUCUCUAGUUUAUCAUAGGGACAUUUGCUUUUGUAAUGUCAAUAACAUGUUCAUUUGCUGCACAAACAUUAGUGUUCACGUCUAUUGAGAGAGAGUACUACAUAGUUUGUACAUUGUAGCAGUAAAUUGGCUACGAAACUCAUCUAGGUACGUAAUACCGUGUGAACGCAACAUAUGACUCCAUUUAUGAUAUGAAUCUUUGCUAA